AUGGCCGAUCCGAUUAAGCUUUCCUUGUGGCUUUCGCCCACCGGCGCCGCCUUCGACCGUCUCAAGACCUUGAUCGACACCCUGGCCUCGGAAACUGAAGGCUGCUUGGCCUUCGAUCCCCAUCUUACAUUGAUCUCCGACGACCAAGUCCCUCGGGUUCCCCUCGAUCAAGUCCUCCAAGUGGUAUCUGAGUCUGUCAAGAAAUGGAGAAGCACGUUGUCAGAAGGAGACCAGUUAGAGCUCAAGUUCCAAAAGAUCCAAUCGGGUGAAAUGUUUUACCAAUGCGUUUUGGCAGCGGUAGUACCGAGUGAGAUGCUUAAGCGACUCAACAACGAGCUCCGAGAGUCGCUCGUCACAGAUCCGGCAGCGCGGGCGGGAUUCAGCCGGUACUUCCCGCAUCUCAGCAUCGUGUAUGGGGACUUAAGCCAGCAACAGAAGGAUGGCCUGGUCGUGAGAGCUACAAGCGCCUUGAGCGACAUGCCCGGCUUCAUUCCCACCGAAAUCCUCGUCGUCAAAACCUCCGGGCCGUCCUCCGAAUGGGCCAAGUUGGCCAAGAUCAGCCUGCAAGACGGCUCCAUCGAGGCCCUCAGCUGA